UUCUAGAUUUUUGCCACCAGGAUAAAGGAAGGUUGCCCACUGCUGCUAGGCUCAUUUUGGACUAGACAGAGCAGUGAAUGUUACAGGUUGAAAUGUUUUGAUGGACAACUUAGCUUAAUGGCAAAUUAUUCUACUGAGGACAAAGUGAGAGUUAAAAUUGAACCCUCAGUAGAUACAUUAAAUUCUGAAGAACCAUUUCAAAGGGUUACUCCCCUUUUAAAUGACCAGAGAGGGUCAAGAAUUUCUGGGCAACAGGGAAGAAGACAAGCAUCCCAAGCCAUGAAUCGAGAACCGACCCUUCCUGCCAGGGAGUCUACCAGCCAGGCCCCAGAUCAGGCGGAAGUUAAUGAGCUUCUCUGCCUGUCUUUUCCAAAAAAACUUUGGAAAAUAGUCAAUAGUGAUCAUUUUAAGUCCAUCUAUUGGAAUGAGAAUGGAGACAGUGUGGUCAUUAAAGAAGAGCUUUUUCAACGAGAGAUUUUGGAUAGGAAAGGAUUAAUAAGGAUUUUUGAAACAGCUAGCCUAAAAAGUUUUGUUCGACAGCUUAAUCUGUAUGGAUUCUCUAAAAUUCGAGUCAAUUUGCCUUCAACACACCAGGACCAGGGGACUGAAAACAUCAUGGUCUACCGUAGCACCAACUUUAAGAGAGACUGCCCUCAUCUGCUUCAGAGAAUGAAAAGAAGAGUAGGUAUUCGAAGACGGGCAUCAUCAAACUCUGCCUCCCCUCUUCUCAAAAGAAAGCGAGCCCGUGUCUCAAAAAGAAAGCUUUCCUUCAGGGGGUCAAGAAAGACCCAUCGUAGCAGACGAGUAAAAGCUAAGAAGGGGAAGAAGGCCAAGAAAUCUCGCCACCCCCGGAAGAAGCGCCAAGGGUAUUCCACUCCCCCAGAAUGGCCAGCAGAGGGUCCCUCUAGUCACCCCAGACAAAAUGCACCCCAGGUUCAGUCCGGGGAGAGCUCAAACAACAACGGUUUCAAUCCUUUUUUAUCUCAGGAAGCAGCUAUGCCCACAGAUUCUUCCUUUAUGGGAAUGCUGAUACCAACGCUGUAUAAUGAUUUCAUGUCCCUGAAUAGUCAGAUUGCCACUUUAAUGUCUUUUUACAAUCCAUGGUUUGCUAUGUGCAUGGCUGCGGCUUCUACAUCCGGCGCAGUGCCCGAGCCCAGAGGGGAUAAUGAUGAUGACGAGCAGGUAUCAUCUUCAGCUCAGCAUUGCCCCAUGUGCAACUGCUGCUACAACGAGAAUGUAGCUAAGCCCGGGACCCCCAACAGCCCCGAGAGCUCUUCUGACUAAAAUUACAGUUUGUAAUGAAUACAAUGACCCUAUUUUUCUCUUUAAUAAAAAUCUAUACUAAUU